UUGGAGUCAUAAUAUCAUCUUCAUCAUCAUCUUCUUCAUCAUAUUCUUCUUCGUCUUCUUCAUCAUCUUCGUCUUCUUCCUCGUCGCUCACGUCUUUUUCUUUUCCCUCCUCGAGAUCAUCCAGGCUGCUUUGCAAGCCUGUCUCCUUACCCUGCAGUCACCCCUUCUCAAAACCUUGGGCAUCUUUGUGUUAAGCCUUGUUUCUCGCGUUGCUCAGUUGUGGAAGAGUCCGUUUGUGUGAGCCGCGGGAGAGCCUCGUGUGCUGCCCUGCGGUAGCCUUCCGUCCGCAAACCCUUUCUUCUUCGUUCAGUUCUCGUCGGCUUCGUUCGCGCGCGGAGGUUUUUUCCGUUGGUAUGUGUAUUGGUGGCGAUGUUUUGCGCCAUGGACUUGCUUUGCUUGUCCACUGUGGCGGGAUAGCGCGUUUGUGGAGUGGUGAGAUUUUUAUGUGAUUUUGUAAGCGUGCGGUGAUUUUCUCCGGGGUUGCGUUGGUGUGGAUUGUAGCGGUGGUUGAAGCCAUCGGGGUGGGACGUUGCACGGAGAGAUGGGAGCUGUGACCUCGUCUGUGGCAGCGAGGUUUGCGUUUUUUCCUCCGACGCCUCCGUCUUAUCAGGUAGUUGUAGAUGAGGCGACGGGCAAGUUGCGCAUGACGGAUGUGGCGCCGCGCGAGAAUGUAGAUGUGUUGAAACUGCAGACUAGGCGGAACAACGAGAUUGUGGCGUUAUUUGUGAGGCAUCCGUCGGCGUCCUUGACGCUGCUUUAUUCACAUGGAAAUGCGGCCGACCUAGGUCAAAUGCAUGAGCUGUUUGUAGAGCUUAGUGUUCACCUUCGGAUCAACAUUCUCGGUUAUGAUUACUCAGGAUAUGGUGCAUCCACUGGCAAGCCAAGUGAACCAAACACAUAUGCAGAUAUAGAAGCAGCAUACAAGUGCCUGGAGGGCACGUAUGGUAUUCGCGAAGAGAAUAUUGUGUUAUACGGGCAAUCAGUAGGCAGCGGACCUACUUGUGAUUUGGCUACUCGGCUACCCAGUCUUCGAGGUGUUGUACUUCACAGUCCAAUCCUUUCCGGACUUCGAGUUAUGUACCCAGUGAAACGCACGUACUGGUUUGACAUUUACAAGAACAUUGACAAAAUUGGUCAAAUCUCCUGUCCCGUACUCGUGAUGCAUGGAACGUCUGAUGAAGUAGUUGAUUGGACACACGGUAAGCAACUACAUGAUCUAUCCAAGGAGAAAUACGAGCCGCUGUGGUUGAAAGGUGCUGGUCAUUGUAAUCUGGAAUUGUAUCCAGAAUACAUCAAGCACCUCCGCAAGUUCCUUCAAUCAUUGGAGCGAUCUCCUGACAGCACUAAGAAGUCCUUGGAAUCAGCCUAGACCUAAUUUCAGUCGAAUGUGUUCAAGAAUCUUCUUUCGGGAGUUUGUAUAUAACGCCUUGCUGCGGUUUACAUGUUUCAGGAGCUUUCUGGUCUGGCCCGACUAACUCUGAUAGUGCUUAGGAAAAGGUGGAUUUCGUUUAUUGAGUCUGACUUAGCAUUUCACUAGUGGUACUUCCGAUUAGUUUUUCACAAAGCUUUCCCAAGUUAGUGGAGCAGUAGAAGUUUCUUCAAGUGGACCAAAAAGGCUAUGCUAUUUUGUUUUUAUUACAGGGUGCAAGUUCGUUCUUAGAAAUGUAUUGCUGAUUGUGAAUGUUUUGUCCAGCAUGCGUCACCAAUCAUUGUAGUCGAAAUAAAGUCAUCCUUUCAAAAGGUCGUUUGUGGCGUCA